GAUGGCCUUUCAAAUGUUUCUUUCAAAAUGUUGCUAGUGUCCUAUUUUCUUAAUGAAUUUGAAGCAACGUUCCUAAACGAUAUUCAUAAAGGAUAGAAAUAUUCAUUCCCUCAUGUGUGUAGUUUUUGGAUUCAAGUUGGCUUCGGAGCUUUUCCAGUCCAUAUGGCUAAUAAGUAUCUCAAGAUAAGACGUCCUGACGACUUUCACGUGCACCUGAGAGAAGGAAAUAUUCUGAAAACAGUCUUGCCUUUCACUUCAAGAGUGAUGGGAAAGGCUCUGAUCAUGCCUAAUCUAAAAGAACCAAUAUUAAACUUGUCUCUUGCUAAAAAAUACAGAGAAGAGGUUUUCUCGUCUCUUCCUCCCAACGCUUCCUUCUUACCUAUAUUUUCCCUCUAUUUGACGGAACAAACGACAUCAGAAACCAUCAAGGAAGCAGCACGCAGUGAGUUCAUUCGGGCUUGUAAACUCUAUCCUGCUGGAGCAACGACAAACUCAUCUUUCGGUGUGAGUAACUUGGAAAAGUUAGACGAAGCACUUUCAGCUAUGGAAGCGUACGGCCUGAUUCUCUGUGUACACGGAGAAAGUACGGAUCCAGAAGUUGGUGUUUUCGAUAGAGAAGCAUCUUUUGUUGAACGUAUUUUGCCAGGUUUAUUACAGAAGUAUCCCAGGUUAAAGGUCAUAUUGGAACAUAUUUCUACUAAAGAUGCUGCACAGUUUGUGAAAACAUUCCCGUCGUCUCGUUUAGCAGCAACUGUGACUUGUCAUCAUAUGUUAUGCAACUAUAAUGCCUUAUUAGGACAGGGACUGAAUCCACACCUGUACUGUUGUCCCGUACUGAAGUCAGAAGAACAUCGAAAAUUUAUCGUGGAGACAGUUAUGCAAGACAACGAGGGCAAAUUCUUCUUAGGAACAGACAGUGCUCCACAUUUGCAAGGAGCAAAAGAGUGUCGAAAAGCAGCCGCAGGUGUUUUCUCAUCUCCCGUAGCAUUGCUUUGCUAUGCAAAGGUAUUUGAGGAAAACAAUGCACUUGACAAGUUGGAAAAAUUUGCUUCGGAAAAUGGAUCCCGUUUUUACGAUCUGCCUUUGAACGAAGAAUGGAUCGCAUUGGAGAAAGAAACUUAUGAGGUCCCUACACAUAUAAGAUGCAUAGAUGAUUCUUCACAAUUUGUUCCAUUUCUUGCAGGUGAAACGUUACAUUGGAAAAUACAUAAUCAGUAAAGUAUUUUGCCGUGAUCCUUUUUGUUUGGAUUUUUUGAAUCGAGUAGGUCAGUCCUUUAUUCAUUUUGUAUGUUGUACAUAACCUCAUUCAGUUGGAAUUGUGGAUUUUCUUUAAUGAAUUUGUUUAUUUCCAU